AUGCCGAAAGCAGAGGGCCAGGGCCCGCCGCGGAAGUAUGACAACCUCAUGUGGCUCGAGGAGCGCUUCGGGGAUGCGGUCCACAGCGACACCGAGGAAGACACCGAAGCGGGGGAAGAGGAGGAUGAGGAGGCAGCUAUUCCCGUCACCGCGAGGGCUUUGCAGCAUUCUGAGCCGGAGGCAUGGCAGGUCUUCUUGAACUAUGCUGCUGCUACGUUUGGUCUUCUUUGCGACCGCGCGCGCCAGGAGUCCGGGAUGGCGCUUUGUGCCAAAACAGCCAAGGUCAAUUUGCUGGGCGCUGCCUGCAAGGAGGUUUCUGAGUCCACCUCCUUGUCUCUGCAGCAGCUGCGCUGCAGUGGCGAGGGGCCGUUGCCCCGCGCAUCGCGGGCGGCUGGGGCGCUGCAGGAGGUCUGCGAGGUGAAGGCCCUCAUCGCAUUGCAAGAGCUGGAGCUCGAGCUUCUGAGGAAGUCCAAGGACACCGUGUUGGAGGCCCUGCAGCACGCAGCAUCCUCGUCGGAGAAGGCCGGAGCCCUUCUUCUUGAUCUGCGUCGGCUGCGGGAGGUGGCAACCAAGCGCCAUCUUGCUCGCAAAGCGGCAAAGCAGGCGAAGGCCCAGGCACUCCUAAUGCCGCUCGAAGCUGCCAUCGAGAGGUUGAAAGCUUGCCAGCAGCAGAAGUCCAGCCUCCUUCGGGUGGCCCGCGCCCGCAUCUGCCGCGCUGUAGAAUGUACUGGGCCUGGUGCUGGGGUCCUGCUCUUUCGUGGCAGGCACAAGUUGCGGAUCUCUCCCUGUACAGGCUCCCAGGGGGUGGAGCCGAUGUACUGCAUCCGAUUUGUGCCCUUUCUUCCAGGCGCCCUGUGCCGUGACGCAGCGAAGGAGGCUCCUCUUCAGUGGCAGCUGGUGCUUCGAUUUCAGGACUUGAUCUGCCGUAUUUGGCUCCGGGCUCUUGGCCCCGAGCUGGCGGCCGGCGCGUCGGCGGCGGCCACGGUGCCUCGACAGGAGGUACCCGGGAUCAUUCAUCGGCUGCAGAUGGGGCUGUUGGACGCAGCGGACUUGCUGAAGUCGGUGGUGGCGGCGAUGCAGAGGCCCCAGCUGCAGCUCCCGCCGCCACCCGUCAUCCCAGCGCUGAUGGGCGGCGCUUGA